AUGUCUGACGAACGUUCAAUGAAAAAAGCUGAAAAACACAAGCUAUCUGAUCCACUUGACGAUGUAGCUUGGAAAAUUAUGCGAAAGAUGGGUUAUGAACAUGGUCAAGGAUUGGGUGUUAAUGCUCACGGUGUAGUUGAACCGGUUGCAUUGAGUAAACAAAAAGGCAGAAGUGGUCUCGGUUCAGUAAGAACAACAUCGUCAUCUGAUAAAAAGAUUGAAUCAUUCUCAGGCGAACUCUAUCAAUCUUCCAAUCCAAAUUUAGUCUGGCAUGAAGGUUGUGAUGAUGAUUAUACUACAGCUGAUGGAGAUCGUACGUGGUCAUGGUCAAUGGAAGGCGGACCUUCUAUUAAUUCCUUAUUGGAAUUGAAUUCUCUAAUUAUCAGUCCCGAUGAACCGGAGGCUUUAGGUCCGCCUAUUGAAGAGUUAGAUAAUGAAGAUAAAUUCUGCUCGAUCCAUCUUGUUCAAGAAGUUCUAAAUUAUAAGAAUCAGUUGGAUUAUUUAUCAAAAUUGAAUGUCACUAAAAGUCAUGAACGUUGUAAUCCAUAUGAAUUGAUAAAGAAGGGGAUUUUUAUGAACAGAGCUGCAAUGAAAAUGGCCAACAUUGAUUCAAUCUUUAAUGGAAUGUUCACAACUGCUGCUCCAAAAGAUGAUGUAUUAUAUUUUGCUGAUAUAUGUGCUGGUCCUGGAGGUUUCUCAGAAUAUACUUUAUGGCGACGAUGUAAUGCUCCAUAUCAUAUUCACUCAUCAAGUGAAUCGAAACGGCUUAACAAUACACUCAGUCCUAAUCAUCAUUCUAAUAUCAAUGAUAAACUACUAGAUGAUACUACUGAAUCUGUCAAUCAUAACAGUCCUACUAAUAAUACUAGUACUACUUCAGAGAAACAACAACCAUUACUGUCUGCUAAAGGAUUUGGUUUAACAUUAACCGGUCAUUGUGAUUUUCGUGAAAAUGAUUUCUUGGCUGGUCCAAAAGAAGCUUUUAUGGCACAUUAUGGACCAGGACGUGAUGGGGAUGUUACAAAAUGGUCGAAUUUAGCUUCAUUCGCAUCAUUUAUUGGUCGUAGUACAAAUAAUGCUGGUGUGCAUAUUCUAAUGGCAGAUGGAGGUUUCGAUGUAUCUAGUCAGUAUAAUCUUCAAGAGGUUAUGUCUAAACAAUUGUACUUAUGUCAGUGUUUAUGUGCAUUAAUCAACCUUAGACCAGGUGGACAUUUUUUAACAAAAUUAUUUGAUACAUUCACUGAAUUCACAAUUGGCAUAAUUUAUUUGAUGGGUUAUUUAUUUGAAGAGAUUUUCAUUAUAAAACCUGUAACUAGUCGACCAGCUAAUUCGGAACGUUAUUUAGUAUGCAAAAAUUUACGAUCAUCUUUAAACACAAUGGCUGGUUGUGUACCUGCUCCCAAAUCAUCAUCAUCCAUGACAAGUCAUUCGGAUUCCACUGAUCAAAAGUCAAGUUUCCGACAGAAGACACGUAAAUUUCCAGGUCAACAACAACAAACAACCACCACAAAUGGUAUUGUUGUUGAUGAUGUGGAAGCCAGUAAAAAGUUUGGCAUUCUAACUGAUAUGAAACAAUCUGGUUCACUUGGUCUAGUGAUCAAUCAUUUUUUACAAGUGAAUGAAAAGUUAAAUCAAAUUAAAACAAACCAAUCAGUGUCUUCAUCAUCGUCAAUCAAUCCAAAAUUGGAUGUAUUAAGAAUAUGUCACACUGAAAUAAUUGAACAAGAUGAAAAAUUUAUGCAAUUUAUUCAGGGGAUGAAUGAAGAUUUUGCUAAACAUCAAUGUAUCGCUUUGUCAAAACUAUUAGCAUUCUCUCAAGAUCACAGUCUUACUGAAAAGAGACAAGAUGAAUUGUAUAGAACAUGUUUAGAAAAAUGGAAGAAUGGUUUACGAAAACACGGUUUAUUUAUAUAUGAUGUUGUGUGUAUCUACGGUCGAGAUUGUCGUAAAUUACCAUACAGGAAAAGAAUGGAAUUAGCUGAACAAAUGACAAAUGUAAUUAAUUUUCCAGAUAUGACUUCAUCCAAUGUUCGUGUACCACCAUUUCUAAAAUUGUCAGAAAUAGUUGAUUAUGUGAAAAAACUACCUCUUCUACCGUGUAAGGAUUCACCAACACUUGUACCAAUGCAUUGUUUAUCCGAUGGUUUUACAUUUCAACCACAUUCUUUGUUAUUAGUACAACAUAUGACAGAUAAUUGGACUGAAGAGAUUAGUAGGAGUACUGGAAAGGUGUAUUACUUUAACCGAGUGAAAUCUGAAUCCACUUUCGAUUUACCAGAAAGUGAACACUUGUCAUUCACCGAUACACUAUACACAAAACUACCUUGGAUAACAGAACAAAAAUAUUAUCCAAGUGUUACUACUUUAGUACAAUAUUUAGAAAAAAUGUCAGAUCCUUAUUCAUAG